AUGAUCAAGGUCCUUCUUGGAAUAAGCUUUCUGUUAAGAAGUGUAAGGAGUACAAAAAAUAUAGCCCUUGAGAAGAGUUUAACACCAUUUCGUAGAUACUGCCAAUCGGGAUAUAAAUUCCCCGAAAAAGCAGAAAACUACAACCUCGAAAAGUUGUUUGUAAUAUUUAGACAUGGUGCUAGAGCUCCGGUGCGAAAUCUCACCAGGGAAUGGGACAACCAGGAAUGCAUGCCCUGCAACUUCAAUGAUAAUGUAAUAUCAGAUUGUAAAAGAAAGAAGUGCUCUGAAGGAGACCUAACUCAUAGAGGAUUUGCCCAGAUGAUCACUCUUGGAAAAUUCAUAAAGAAAAUUUAUAAGCCACUUCUUUUCGAUAAGCAGGUAAAGAUGGAAAAUAUAAAGAUGAGAGCUACAAAGAUACCUAGAACGCAUUCUUCUCUAGCUGGAGUUAUAAGAGGCCUUACAGGAGACACCGAAAUAGGAAAUGUAGAAGUGCCUCAGAAAGACGAUUCCCUUCUGAACACCCUGGGAUGUGCUUCUACAAAGGAGAGAGAAGAUGUCACAAGGCUCUUUGACAAGCCGAGUAUAGUUCAAGACAAUCAGACCUUCUCUCGGCAUCCAAAACCACAGGAAAGGGCAGAUCAUUACUACACAAGUUUAUGCAGUAGGGUAAACGUGGAUUGUGCGGAGUUAAACUGUAAUAUAAAAAAUGUGGAAGACCAUAUGAAGUCUGCAAACGAUGCCUGGACAUAUAUGGCAACAAUUGGAUCGAAAAACGUAGAGAAUAGAAAACGUCUAUUUGGAAGGUUUGCAAGGGAUCUACUCAUCGACAUCGGAGAGGAAAAACAGAUACUCCUUUAUUCUGCUCAUGAUUCCUCUAUGAGUGCAAUACUUGUGGGCCUUGAAACAGACGUAUUAGAAUGGCCUUCAUAUGCAUCUGCACUAUUUAUCGAAAUAUGGUGUAACACAGGAAAGCAGUAUGUUAGAAUGGUGUUUAACAACAGAGUUGUAAAGCCAAAGUCUUUUCUAGAUGAUUAUAUCCCAAUAAGAGAUUUCAUGGAAUUGAUAAAGAGUAGUUCUGCUUCCAAUCCUCAAGAAAAGACUUCCGAAAGCUCAAACAUUGAGGAAAACAAAAAUGCAGAAGAAGAUAGAUCUGAGAAGAGAUGA